AAAAAGGAGACAAACUACUGGGCAGGGGCCAUGAGGUGGGCUUCCCCUUUCAGUCCUCCUCCUCCUCCUCCUGGAGGCUCCCUUCUGGUCUUCUUCUUCUUCUUCUUCCCAGCCCCAGGCAAAGCCUUCCCAGCCCGGCUGAGGCCAAGAGGAAAACCCAUCUCCAUUCAUGAGUUCAAGUAAAAGAGUGGAUUUGAAGAUCAUUAUCAUUGGAGCUUUGGGUGUAGGUAAAACCUCUCUCCUCCACCAGUAUGUUCACAAGAAAUUUUAUGAGGACUAUCGAACUACCCUUGGAGCCAGUAUCUUGUCUAAAGUGGUGGUUGUGGACCACACACCACUGAAACUGCAGAUUUGGGACACUGGAGGGCAAGAACGAUUCCGGUCCAUGGUAUCUACAUUCUACAAAGGCUCAGAUGGCUGCAUACUGGCCUUUGAUGUGACAGACACAGAUUCCUUUGAGUGCUUAGAUGACUGGAGGGAAGACUUUCUGCAGAAGGUUUUCCCUACAGAACAAGGUUUCCCUAUGGUUGUACUGGGGAAUAAAAUUGAUUUGAAGGACCGACAGGUGUCCAAAGAGGUAGCUUCAUCCUGGUGCAAAGAAAAAGACAUUACAUAUUUUGAAGUUAGUGCCAAAAAUGAUACCAAUGUCGUGCAGGCCUUUGAGACUCUGUCAAAACAAGCACUAUCAAGGUACAAAGGGAUAAUUGAAAACUAUCUAACGGAUUCUAUAAAACUCACUCCUGAAGACCAGCCCAAGAAAAAAUGCUGUUGAGAUGUCAUUUGGAGAGAUGUGACAUUUCUACUCAAUCCAAAGGUUGUUACAUGGGACAGAUGACAGGCACAACUGCUGAGAGCUCCCCUCUUGAGCCCUGCUUAUCAAGGAUGGCAGAAUAACCGGAGGAAUCUCAUUCUGUAUGCCAGCAAAGAUGAGAAAGACUGCAGAUAAUUACUGGACACACAGAAGCCACCCUGAUGUCUGGAUGAUAUUAAAACCACCUUGUGGCUCUGACCAUUCCUGCUUUGUUCACACAUUUCUGAGAUUCCAUUUUGACUCAUUUUUCAGAGUACCUUUAUGACAUGACUUGAUUUGUUGGCCUGCUCUCAUUUUGCAUCUUUAUUGAACACUUUGUUAGAGUCUAUUGAUAAUAUAGAUAAGCCUGAGUAGACAGUUCUAGACAGCAUCUGGCACCUGAGAUGAAUAUAAAGUAGAUUCCUUAGAAGUAACCCAACAUAAUGUAGCAAAGGGGAGGGCAUAUUCCUCAAGUUUCUUUCAUCACAAAUUUAAUGUUUGACUGCAUGUAGUGAUUUUGGUUGAAAAAUUCAAAAAGUUAAUGUUUGUUCACUAAUGGUACAAUGGCUGAAGUAAUGCCAUAACUAGCCUGAAACGCCUAGCAUUGGGGCACUCUAUUUUAGUUCUCAGAGAAGUGGCUUGCCAGAUUCCCAGAAUACAAUGCAAGUAAAUAGUAGUGUGGAUCCUUUUCCAAUAUUUGUAUUCUUCAGUUUGUAUUCUUAGAAAGUCAGGGCAGAUUUACAGAUUCAUUUAGCAAAUCAAAACCUGCAGUUUUUCCUAGGGAAUUUAACCCUGUUCUAUCUGGCAUAUUUAAGAUAGGUACAUUUAUAAUGCAGGCACAGAAACAGUCACAUCACUGAAGCAUUUCCACUGUUGCUUUGAAGUAAAUGAUGUUUCUUUGAUGUUAGCAGAAAUAGAAAAUUAUCCUUGUCACAAGUGCUGGAUCAAUAUAUCUGAUGGGAUGUUGAAUACCGAGGCAGAAAGACCCAUAGAUUUGCCUGUAUGAAUCCUUCUGCCAUUUCCCAUCUGUAAAAUGGGGAGCAAUCCCUAUUUCAAAGGGAAAGUCUGCAGUGUAUGGUGACAACAGAAAAAACUAAAGGAGAUUUUUUUUAAAAAAAUGUAUAAUACAAAUGAAAUGAGGUGAAAUCAGUUUGACCAUGAAAGCAUGUAGUAGAGGAUGUAGGCUUAGAUGAUGGGAUAGAAAAUACAUUUAUUUUCUAGAUCCCUUUGGAAUAAUACUCCCUCUUAUCAUUGUUUUGGGGCUUGGUGGAACAUUAGAGAAAGCACAUUUUAUCACUAAAAACUUGAAGAAAUUAGCACAAAGAAUUAACAAAGUGCAAAAGAAGAAGGGAAAUAAACAGCAGGGGAAGUUUAAUGACUACUAUUAAUGACACUGAAUAUGAGGGUUGUUUAAAUUUGUAUCGUAUAUGAGAGUUACUUAUGUUUGUGAACUGCAUUAUGAAAAUUAAUUAAUUUGUCUAUAAUGUGCAUAUAACACCAACAUUGUUUAGAAUGUACAUCCCCCUCCUCCUUCCUUCUGUCCCUUACAAGGAAAGGCUAAAAUCUUGAGGGCUGUAGAAUUUAGAAAUAUGCCUGAUAGGGACCAUGGCAGAAAUAUAUAAAACUUUUCAUCAUAAUGGAUGGAUUUUUCUCCCUGCCUAAUAAUUCUAGAAAUCUAGGUUUGCUAAAGGGAAGUGCUCUUUCAUGCAAUGCAUAAUUGGCUACAGGGUGUAAUGGUGACCACUUACUUAGAAGAUUUUAAAACAGGCUUCACAAAUUUCGGGGAGAUGGAACUGCCAUACUCAGAAGCAGCUGACUUCUUAACAUGUAGGAGAUGCAACAGACAAAUAAACGAGGCAACAUGGUUGCUUGCCUGCUCUGCUGGUAGGGUUUCUGAAGGUACUUUGAUGUACAGGUACUUCUGUAGUAAACAGAUGGACCUUGAGUCUUAUCUUGCAGGAUUUUACUACCCCAGUAUGUACAAUAGGACUUGAGCAUCCAUGGGUUUGGUAUCCAUGGGGGAUCCUGGAACCAAACCCUAGUGCAUACCAAGGGCCCACUAGAAGAACAUCCUUGGGGCUGGAAUGAGUUAUUUACAAAUUCUAUGUCUGGAAAAGUUGGUUUUUGGAUUUUGUUGUUUUUGUUGUUGUGUACGUUCAAGUCAUUUCUGACUUCUGGCGAUCAUAAAGUGAAUCUAUCAUGGGAUUUUAUAGAGCUAAGAAUGUAUGACUUACCUAAGAUCACUCAGAGAGUUUCUUUUUUAUUAUUAUUAACUUUAAAUUUUACAAUACAAUUUCUUCAUACAUA